AUGGACCAUCUCGUGAACAGCCUGAUCGAAGAGAUCCGGCGCACCAACUCACCAUACGUUCUGAAAAUGACCAGAAUCACCGAAGGCUCACGCAAAGGCAGUUCCUUCAUCGAGGUCGUGGGCAAGACCGGCUUUCGUUUCCUCGAUCUCCACUCUGAGAUCCGAGAUCAGAUCUACAAGAUAUUGCUAGUCAAACCAAACCCCAUCUGCCUCGCGGUCUUCAGACGCAGGAUUGGCUGCAAGGUGGUCACGGGCACGGGCUUCGACUCUCAGAAAGAGCAUCCUGGCCAAGUGUGGGAUCAGAGAAAACACAGAUGGGCCGGCGAUCCGCCACACGAACUCAGUUUGCCGAGGGUCAACAAGCAGAUUCACCGAGAGACCACGCCUAUUGUUUACGGGAACAACCAGUUCAUUCAGGGGUCAUCGACAGCUCUCCUCUAUUUUCAGCCGCUGAUCGAUUCGUCCAUCAAGUUCCUCACGGCGGUCGACUUUGGCGAAUCAUGUACUCGGCACAACAUGCAGGUACUCUUCACAGCCCUGGUAUCUGCAACUGGUCUCCGCAAGCUGAAACUCAGUCAACCUAUGGUUUUCCAGGCCUUUGGUUUCGAUGACGGCAGCUUAGACGGGCAGGUUUACAGAGAUUGCGCCAUCAUACUCGCCAAAGAUCUUAAGCCCCUGCUAGUCUGUCUGCAAGUCGCCUACAAAGCUGGCGGCAGAACCUGGAAAGCGCUACACGUGUUGGAAUUUCGACCGGCCUUCACCAAGAUGCACACGUCGUCGCGAGAGAAGCGGCAGGCUAAGGCGCUCGAAUAUCUUGUGCGGCGCCGGACGAAUGCAUAUCUCAACGACGAGUGA